AUGCUGCUGACCUUCCACACAGACUUCUCCAAUGAAGAGAAUGGCACCGUCAUGUUCUACAAAGGCUUCCUGGCCUACUACCAAGCUGUGGACCUCGAUGAAUGUGCUUCCCAACAAAACACAGUUGAGAAGAAUCCCCAGCCCCGGUGCCAACAGCUUUGUCACAACUACGUUGGCGGCUACUUCUGUUCCUGCCGUCCGGGCUAUGAGCUUCAGAAGGACGGACAUUCCUGCCAGGUUGAAUGCAGCAGCGAGCUGUACACAGAGCCAUCAGGCUACGUGUCCAGCCUGGAGUACCCCCAGCCCUACCCUCCUGACCUGCGCUGCAACUACAGCAUCCGGGUGGAGCGGGGCUACACCAUCCACCUCAAGUUCCUGGAGCCUUUUGAAAUCGAUGACCACCAGCAAGUACAUUGCCCCUAUGACCAGCUACAGAUCUAUACCAGUGGAAGGAACAUCGGCGAGUUCUGUGGGAAGCAGAGACCCGCUGACCUUGACACCAGCAGCAACGCUGUGGAUCUGCUGUUCUUCACGGACGAGUCAGGGGACAGCCGGGGCUGGAAGCUGCACUACACCACUUCAAUCAUCAAGUGCCCCCAGCCCAAAACCCUAGACGAGUUCACCAUCAUCCAGAGUCUUCAGCCUCAGUACCAAUUCCGUGACUACUUCAUCGUGACCUGCAAACAAGGCUACCAGCUCAUGGAGGGGAACCAGGAGCUGCUCUCCUUCACAGCUGUCUGCCAGGAUGAUGGCACGUGGCAUCGUGCCAUGCCCAGGUGCAAGAUCAAGGACUGUGGGCAGCCCCGGAGCCUGCGUAAUGGGGCCUUCAAUUAUACCACCACAAAGGGGGUAAACACCUACCAGGCCCGUAUCCAGUACUACUGCAAUGAACCGUAUUACAAGAUGAAGACCAGAGAUGGUAGCAGCGAGUCUGAGCAAGGCAUGUAUACCUGCACAGCCCAGGGCAUUUGGAAAAAUGAACAGGAAGGAGAGAAGAUUCCUCGGUGUUUGCCAGUGUGUGGGAAACCCGUCAACCCUGUCCACCUCCUCCCGUCGCAGCGCAUCAUUGCAGGGCAAUCCGCCGAGAUGGGCAGCUUCCCCUGGCAGGCAUUCACCAACAUUUAUGGGCGAGGGGGUGGGGCCCUGUUGGGUGACCGCUGGAUCCUCACAGCUGCCCACACCCUCUACCCCAAGGGAUACAACGCAGAAGCCAAUACCAGCAUAGACGUGUUCCUGGGCCACACAAAAGUGGAAGAAAUCAUGAAACUAGGAAACCACCCUGUACGCAGGGUCAGGGUCCACCCAGACUACCGCAAGGAUGAGUCCCAGAAUUUUGAGGGGGACAUCGCCCUCCUCGAACUGGAAAAUAGUGUCACCCUGGGCCCCAACCUGCUCCCCAUCUGCCUCCCUGACAAGGAGACCUUCUAUGCUACAAAGCAAAUGGGCUAUGUCAGUGGCUUUGGGAUCACGGAAGACAAGAUGGUUACCGAGCUCAAGUUUGUCCGGCUGCCCGUAGGUGACCGAAGUUUAUGUGAGAAGUGGCUUCGGGGUAAAAAAAUGAACUAUGUGUUCUCACAAAGCAUGUUCUGUGCUGGGGACCCGACGCAAAAGCGUGAUGCCUGUCAGGGGGAUAGUGGAGGGGUCUUUGCUGUGAGGGAUAAUGGUACUGACCGCUGGGUCGCCACAGGCAUAGUAUCCUGGGGCAUCGGAUGUGGCAAUGGGUAUGGCUUCUACACCAAGUUACUCAAUUACCUGGACUGGAUCAAAAAAGAGAUGGAGGAAGAGGGCUGA